UGGGGAAACAAUCGAUAUUUCUACGAACAAUACGUUUGUAACUAACAAUAUUCAUAACUCACUGUAAAUCUAUUGUUGGUCAGGAGAGUUUAACUUCUUCGCAUCGAGGCUCACGGGUCGGUGUCGGCGAUUGAUUAGUAAUGCCUGCAGGUCCAGCCAGGUGAAUCCAUCGACGGUGAACACUCUCGACUCGAUUACGCCGCACUCUCCUCGAUACACAAGUUUGUUUUGUUUUUUAAAAUGGCGGCGGAAGCUCGGAGACAGACCAGUGACCUGACCCUGCCGCUGUGUGCGGGCGCCGGGCGGCGCUGAGGAGGCAGAGGCAGGCGGCGAUGGUGCAGCGGUAGUCACGGCAUCGCCAUGGAGCGCUCCGGCGGGCGCGUACCUGCCACCCACCUGUAGCGUCAUUCAAGCGGCAGCAGCAUGGCGAACACGAGCCGCGGCACCCGGGACCGGAGCGACGGCCGCUGCGGUAAGGUUCUUAUGGUGUGUCUGGAGAAGCCAUAGUGGAGAAUGGCUCUGACCCCCACGAUCAUAACAACCACCAGUGCCAUGAAGCCAGCACAACCCCUCACAGCGAGCCCGUCCUGCCCAGUUGCAUGCCAUCCUGCUCCUCCACCCCCACCUACUACAGCAGCCCCCAGAAAAGCUACUCAGACAUGGACCAGGACAGCCACAGCUUGACUUCCCAGGACUCGGGUAUCCCCACUCUGGAGAUUAACCCUCCAGAGCCCAUCCUCCACCAAUGUCCAGGUGACGCAGGCCGCAUCCUGGAUACCAGUCAUGAUUCUCCCGCCACUUUAUCUUUGGAUGAUGACCCCUCUAACCACAACACCAUCCGCAAGUCCUCCACCUUUCCCCGCAGUGGGUAUGACUCUAUUCGCCUCUUCAGCCCCGCCCUCAGAUUAUCCACCACCACGGGGAUGGGCGUCGGGGGCGGAGCCUUGAACCGCAGUGACGACAUCUCUGUGUGCAGCGUGUCAAGCAUGAGCACCGAGCUGUCGGUCUCCAACGAAGACAUCUUGGAUUUCACUGUCACGUCCGACUCCAGCGCCAUUGUCACCUUGGAGACGGACGACAGCGGCACCGCUCACUUCUCGGAUGUGACCCUUUCGUCAUCUCCGGGAGACCCCAGAGACUUAUGGAGUCCUGUGCGACCGUACCUGGGGUCAGGUGUCAUGCAGCAGGAAGAAGAUGUCAGACAAAAGAAACUGGGACCUCUUGCAAGCUUAUUUAACAGGAGCCUGUUUGCCAGGAGGGGGAAGGACAGUCGGCCAGUGGAGCAGAGGGAUCCGGGGUGGAAGCUCUUUGGGAAAGUCCCCCCACGGGAAGGCCCCAUAAAGGACCCGAAGAAAAUACAAAAGGAAUAUGAAACGAAGAGUGGCAGAGCUGGACCCGGCAACCCAACGUCACCCAGGCAGAGUGUGAGGAAAAACCUGGACUUUGAGCCGCUCUCCACAACCGCACUUAUACUGGAGGACAGACCUGCGAAUCUGCCUGCCAAGCCAGCUGAGGAGGCACAGAAACACAGACAGCAGUAUGAAGAGAUGGUGGCCCAGGCCAAGAAGAGAGAGCUGAAGGAGGCUCAGAGGAGGAAGAAGCAGCUGGAGGAUCGGUGUAAGCUGGAGGAGAGCAUUGGCACAGCCGCCCAGACCUGGAACCAGGAGAUCUUACCAAACUGGAGCACACUGUGUACGUCACGACGAGUGAGAGACCUCUGGUGGCAAGGCAUCCCCCCCAGUGUCAGAGGCAAAGUGUGGAGCCUGGCUGUGGGCAAUGACCUCAACAUAACGCAUGAGCUGUAUAACAUCUGUCUGGCCCGGGCAAAAGAGAAGUGCAAGAACACGCCAGCACCUGCCACCGAGAUGGAAACCGAAGCUGCUGGUUCUUCAGAUAGGGAGUCGAGUCUGGAACUGAUCAAGCUGGACAUCUCAAGAACCUUCCCCCACCUGUGUAUCUUCCAACAGGGCGGGCCCUAUCACGAUGUGCUGCACAGCAUUCUGGGAGCAUACACUUGCUACCGGCCAGACGUUGGCUAUGUGCAGGGAAUGUCGUUCAUCGCAGCAGUGCUGAUCCUGAACCUGGACACAGCUGAUGCCUUCAUAGCUUUUGCCAACCUGCUCAACAAGCCCUGUCAGAUGGCCUUCUUCAGAGUCGACCACAGCCUUAUGUUGACAUACUUUGGAGCAUUCGAAGUGUUCUUUGAAGAAAAUCUACCAAAGCUCUUUGCACAUUUCAAGAAAAACAACUUGACCCCCGAUAUUUAUUUAAUCGACUGGAUCUUCACGCUGUACAGCAAGUCGCUGCCAUUGGACCUGGCGUGUCGGGUGUGGGACGUGUUCUGCAGGGACGGCGAGGAGUUCCUGUUCCGCACGGCGCUCGGCCUGCUGCGUCUCUACCAGGACGUCCUCACCUGCAUGGACUUCAUUCACAUGGCCCAGUUCCUCACCCGCCUGCCGGACCUCAUCCCCGCUGAGCAGCUCUUCCAGAACAUAGCCGCCGUUCACAUGACCAGCCGCAACAGGAAGUGGGCACAGGUCCUGCAGGCAUUGCAGAAAGAUCAGGAGCGAGGCAGCCCGGUGCUGAAGCGCUGAGCUGACAUCAGAAGAUCACACUAACGGACUCCUCCUCCAGCCUCCGGGAAACAUUGACUCUGACAAGGCUGCGUGGACCUCAGAGAGACCCAUGUUAAACCUUGGGACGAAUCUGGUUGUAGCCGCAGUGAUUAAACCUUUUCUCUCUCCAGUUCCACGUCACGGCUCUGACCAGAACCUGGGCCCUGGAGGGGCAGAGUCUGACAGUGAUGAGGAAUACGAGGCCUUAUUUAACGUCCACCAUCCCACCUAUGCUCGGAGGCCCAGCCGUUGACUGGAAGGUGUCACUGGCAGAGGCUGAAGAAUGUACCACACAUUCCCACAUACAUGAUGCGCCCAGCAGACUGGUCCAGGUCUCCAGAGACCAGGGGAAACCAUCAGUAACUACUCAAAUCCUCCACCUCGUUUUUACUUCCACUUUGUUUUUUAAUACUCUUUCUUGCACUUGUCUUUUCUUUUUCGCUUUCUUUGAAUCUUAACGACAAAAAAUACUCUUGUCCCCGAUGUCUAAAAAAAGAAAAGUCUACAGCAGGGAAAGUGUAAUGAAUGUCCUGGAACAUCUGCAGAGUCAGAUCUGUGAAUGUCAACGUCCCAAUGUAUCAGUCUCUUGAUGCUAAAACAAGUCAUUCCUUCAAGUCCUCUAAAUUUGAUUUCAUCUUCCGGCUGUGAUCUCCGUGUGCUUUUCAUCUGGUUUCCAUUUUGUUUCCUGCAUCAUUCCACAAAUUUGACGCCUCUUUUUUAGAUUUUUUAUUUUUAAGUUAAACCUCUUGAAGACGGGUUUGGUGUCUCUGAAAGCUCCACGUUGUUACAUGUGAAGAAAUGUGUGCAGCCUCUAAAAGAGGCGAUAAGCUGCCUGUGAAAUGAGUUUUACAGAAUAUUUAUGAAAUACUAGAACUGCAGUUAAUAAUGAGGAAAUGUGUUACUGUCAGACACACAACACUUACAGUGUCAGACAUGGACUGUCCCCUGUCCUUUAUAUGUUUUGUGGUACAUUUCAGCUUGUUACUAUUUUGAUUCCCAUGUGUUGACGUGAGUGUUGAUGUCUUUUGUGCAUUUAUUUAAUAUUUAUCAUUAGGAACAUGGGACCUAAACAAGACUUGUUCCAGGGUUGUCUCUGAGCCUCUUCCACACUGUGUGCAUAUAAUACUUGGUUUUAAAAACACAUGCAUGUAAGCAAGCGGUUGUGACUUUAGCAGCAUUGUUCAUGAAUUUAUUUGUGCAUCUGGGGGGUUAAAAUGUCCACUAGGGAGCAGAUUAAGGCAUAAUAACCUCUGGGCACAAAGAGAAUAUCUGCUGCUGCCUCGUGUAACAACGUCCGUAUGGUGCACGUCCUCAGAAAUUGAAGCUGUGUCCAUAAGAUGCAAUACUCACAUGAACAGUAGAGGCAGUGCAGAGGCACAUGCUUGCCAAUGUCAAAAUGUCGCCUAAUCACUUUUCCUGUGGUGACGUCUUGUAUAAGCUAAGGCUUGGCUAAAAAGCGAGUAUACCUCUGGCCAAAACUCCCCCGUCAUCAUGUCACAUCAUAUACUGCCCCCACUGUUUAUGUGCUUAAUUGCAUGUGUAGGACGUGUAGAGCUCGUGUCCUACGAUGCACUCAACCAAUGCUCUGAUCAAGAAGUCCGACACUGUUCCCAUACAAACACACUGGAUACAAUAAGUAAAAAAUUUGGUGCUUCAGCAUUUUUGUUUAUUAGAUUGGCACUAUUAAAAAUAUUCCGAAUUAGCUUUUAGCAUUUCCUGUUUGCAGUGUAUCCUUAGAUGUACAGUCAACUAUCACUGGAUUAUUUUGAUACUAAGGAAAACCUAGAAUCAUUAAAAUUCUCAGGCAGUUUUUAUCAUCAGUCUUUUACAUUUUUAUUUUUUCCUAAGCAGAUUUAUUGGCUUUCAAUUUGCUUCUAAAAUCAGUGAUGAUCAUAUCGUCAGGAAGUGCAAGUCACAAUUAAUCUAAAAAAUGUGUCACGUUCGUGUGUCCUGAUAUGACUGAGACAGUGAUGCUAACAGUGUUUGAAAGCACCUUCAUAUCCUCCACGUGCUGUGUCACAUUCACUGCUCCGUGUCUAGCAGAACACAAUGUGCAUGGCCUUUGUAGCUCUGUGGCCCACGAGUCGCUCCAUCUCAACCGCUGGGGGCGGGGCCAGACGUCCAAGCAAUGUUUUGAUCAUCAGUUUUGGGGGUUUUUCUGUUCUCAAAGUGAAGUACCAUCUUGCUGUUAACUCCAUUCAUGUUUAUUUCCUUUAAAAAGGCAAUUUUGCACAGACCUGUUUUUCAAAAUGAAAAACAAAACAGUUGGAAGUGUAGGAAUCUCAUCGGUUGUUGAUUGAAUUUUUUCAGUGCAGCCGUCCUGUGAUUGGUUGUGAAGCUGCUUCGUCUGGUGUGUUGUGCUACUGAUUAUGUUGAGUGGCGGUGACCACUUCCUUUUUUGCGCGCUGUGACACUGGAGACGUCCCCGUCCGGCCUCUGCACCGCUCGUCCCGCCACUGAGUUGAGACAGUACUUUUCACACACAAAUCCCUGGACCCAGGCUAAUGGACGAGAGACGCGCCCUGUGAUAAAGAAACAGGAAGCGCUUCGCAUUUGUAAAUCAUCGUCGUCAUCUUGGCCAGGUCUGUGGCUGCUGACAGUCUGUUUCACAUUUGCAACGUGCAGCAGACGUUUUUGAUCACUCCUUUCAAUGCACUCCCCCCCCCCCCCCCCAGUUUGGUGACACACCGCAGGACUGCAAUAAAGCUUUUUGCACAUAUAUGUAAGCCUUUGAGUUGUGCCUCGCAUCACCCAGUUUAUAUCCUCCCAGUUCUACGAACACUACGAAACACGCUGUAUGACCCACGGGUCAAAAAACCAAAAUUAAAUCCAACUAAAUUCAACUUUAAAAAAAAGAGUCUUAAUAUGCUGUUGUGAAACUAUCUGUUUGAUUAUGUGGAUGUCUUUAAUUUCUUGGGUUCUGUUGGUUUGGCAUUGUCUUUUUUUUGUUUUUGCCUUCUCUCCUUAUGAGACCUGUGUACUGUAGUGGAGUGAUGGACACACAUGGAGACAACAGGGGGUCACCAUGCAACUGUAUCUCACUUGGAAUGUAUAUAAACAAAAAGAUUUUAUUAAAAUAAAGAGCUGUACAUAUCCAA